AGCGGGCACAGCGGGGAGGGGGGGGGAUCAUCAUCAUCAUCCACUCUUGGCAGCAGCAAUGGGGAAGGCGGCGGGGGAUCUGCGGCGCGCUUCUUCUCGCACGUUCUUCCACUCAGUCGGGAUCGGGAUGCCUUCAAGGUUAAGAUUCCGUAUGUCGGUACACGUACUCCUCGGUUGCCUGCUGCUGCUCAGUCAGCAGAUGAUGAUGCCUUGGGUCGUCUGCCGCGCUGUUGCAACAGCCGCGGGGACCGCCAAUGAGCGACCGGUCGCUGGAAUGACGACGACCUCAGAGGAUGAUCUUCUUCGGUUUCCCAGCGACAGUGUUGACGACCCGGUCGCCGUCCUCCUCCUCCCAAAUGUGGACGACCGCCGCCGGUCUCUUCUUCAACCCUUGGCGGCGACCGAUCCGGUCGAAUCCGAAUCUCUCAUCCCCAUUCUUGAUUGGAGAAGGAGCUCCGCCGGGCGACCGGUCGGCAGAUCGACGACGACCUCACAAGCGGAUCAUCCCCGGCUUGACGACGUUCAGGACACGGUCCUUGUCCGCCGAAAGACGAACGACCGCCGGUCUCUUCAAUCUCCUCCGCCAACGACCGGUCUUGUGGACUCUACUUCAAUCAUCAUUCUGCCGGAGAGCUCGAGUCUUCUGCUAACCCCCAUCAAGCUCGUGAUCUCUGAAGUGCCACCCCAGCCUCCCAGGUCGAAUGGCACCACGACGACUUAUUAUCUAUCUCUUAUCACAGAUCUUUUGUUUGAUUCGUCGGGAUCCCAGCUGUACUAUGCCCUCAAUGAGCGAGGGAUCGAAGUCUUCACCGAUCCGGACAAGUCCCUAAACUACAAGAACACUUGGUUAUCAUUCCGCAAAGCGGAUCUUCGACCAAUCAAGCAGGGAUUGGCAGAUCACGUGGCCGGGGAGUUGAUUAGCCACUGGUGGCCACAGUCCAGCCCGAAUGGGACACGUGUCGACUUCCCAGAAGAGUGCAACGAUACCAGACCGUUCUGCCACAUGACCUUUAUCGAGGGGAUUGAGCUACCAAAAGAUGGCACCCACCUCAUGAUAUCCUCCCGUACGAAGCCGCCGUACCUCGUCUACCUCUCCAUCGCCGACGGGAGCCGGACGUCCAUCCCGAUCGCGACAUCAUAUCUCCAGACGCUCGCGCUCAACCCUCCGAAGACGACGCUGUACGUCACCAACGAGCAACGCCUGCUGUCUAUCGACGUGGCAGAGACUGGGAUCCCGACUGGCGGAAGCGGAGCCGCUACCUUUGCGACCUACCACCCCCCGCCCAUCGUCGGAGGUCUCGACCCACUCCAGAUCUCUCCGCAAAGUUUCGUCGCCAAUGGCACUUGUCUUUACACCCUCGAUAAUACUCAUCGCCGGCUCCUCGCCGUCGAGAUCCCUACCUCCUCCUACCCCUCCUCCUCCUCCUCCUCCUCCUCCUCCUUAGGGUCAAGGCCGUCUUUUACCGUCCUCGUCGACGGGUUGAACCUGAACAAGACCGUUUUUAUGCAGACGUUGGUCGCGACUCCCGACGGCUGCAACGUGUUCAUCACUGACGUCGGUCGGGACGGUGGAUCGGGAUACCUCCGCUGGGUGAAGGUCGAAUCCGCUUGCCAACCUGGAGGUACGAUCCACACCGUGGCACAUAGUCCCGAUGGCAGUAUGUGGGGCCUCUCUCUCCAGGAGGAGGGAGGGCGCAUGUACCUCUAUGUCGGGACAGGGAAGGGAGAGGUGUACCAGCUGGAACUAGAUAAGUCUCAGCUGUACUCCUGCGCGCCUUUCCCGCCAAAUUCGUCGUCUGCUUUCCCGCCAAAUUCGUCGUCUUCUUUCCCGCCAAAUUCGUCGUUUUCUUUCCCGCCAAAUUCGUCGUCUUCUUUCCCGGCAAAUUUGUCUUCUUCUUUCCCGCCCUCUGGAGCUCCAUUGCACGCGGGGGAUAUCGGGUCGGCGGCGCCUGGUCUGGGCGUCUCUGCGAGUCUCCCGGCUAGCGACCGCUUGACGGCGACCGGUCGUUCAGAAGGAGCGACCCAGCUCGUCUACUCCGCCAACCCAUCCAAUUCCGCCUCAUCUGCAUUGCAUCCUCACUCCCUCAUUGUCUCCCUCCUCUUCCUCUGCACAACCACAAUCGCGGCUAUGCUUGCUCUCUUGUCUUGAAAGCGGACCAG